AUGUCUUUCGAUAUCAAUUGGGAUAAGUUAAAAGACGACGCUGCCAUCAACAACUCGAUAAAGGAGUUUCUUCAUGAACAACUUCAAGGCUUGACUUUACCAUCCUAUAUUUCCAAUUUACAAGUUGUGGAAUUCAGUUUAGGUGAUAUACCUCCUGAAAUCACCAUACGACAUAUUGGUGAUCCUUUCGCGGAAUUCUACAACGAAGGGGAUGAGGACGAAGAUGUAUUGAAACAGGAAGAUGGAUUUGAACAUGUGAAUAAUGAACGAAGGGGUGACGAGGAUGAUGAUUAUGAUGAAGAAGAUGACGAUGACACGUAUGACGACAAACUAUCGACAAUAGCUGAAGGGAUUACGAUGCUUGAUACUUCUGAUGCACCAUGUGACCUGGAGUCGAAACCGCAGCAUCCUUUGCUGAAUCCUAACUCAACAAGCUCUCGUCCUCCAAAUAUCAAUAGAGCUAAAGAUUCGUUCCAAUCGGUGUUGCAUCCAUAUGGAAUGGGUGGUAUUCUCAAUGCAACCAAUCCAGCUGCUGCUGGGGCAGGUACAGAAACGCCCACACAUAUAUUGAAUCCAAACAUCCUAUCUUCCAGGGUCAUUCCAAAAAUUGCAAGCAAGUCUGAUUCGAAGAGACCUGAAGCUGGAAUGAAUGAUAUUCAAUUCAUUGUGGAGAUAAACUACAAGGGGGACAUGCACAUCGAUAUAAUGGUCACUUUGCUUGUGAAUUAUCCGUCCCCAAAAUUCAUUUCCUUACCUAUAAAACUUCAUGUCACGGAUUUAGUAAUCCAUUCGAUCGCAACCAUAGCAUACCUCAAAAAGUCAGUCUACCUAUCAUUCUUGUGUGACGUGAAUGAUGAUUUUGAUGUUAAUACCAUUGGGUCUAACGCUUCUACGCCUGGUGGUGGAAACAUUGUCGAUUACUAUUUCCACGAUCCCCAUAACAAAGAGCGUAUUGAUAUUAUAAGAAAGAUCAAGAUCGAAAGUGAAAUUGGGGAAGUGGAGAAUAACGUAUUGAGAAACGUGGGCAAAGUUGAAAAAUUUCUAAUGGAGCAGUUACGAGGAAUUUUGAGGGACGAAAUUGCGUGGCCGAGCUGGAUUUGCAUUGAUAUGAAUGAUGACGAAGAUGAAGAGAGUGUAUAA